GCCAUCAGCAUCCUGCACUCAAUCAAACCAUCAACAAGUUCACCAGGAAAUCGCUACUUAAGUCUUCGCCCACAAAUAGUGUGUCGGUCGGCACCAAAAUUCUCACGACUGCGUUCGUAACCAGCCAAGCAGAGUUGUGCCCUCAGGAUAUCGCCCAUCGCAACGAGUUCCCCAACAUUCGAGCUGAGCUCAAGGGCAAGUCAAUUCCCGUCAUAUCUACGGUGAGCACUUCUACGACAUCGCUGAGCCCUUUUUAAGGUCACAUCUGUAUACGCAAACUGCUUCAUUAAGAACGGCGCUGUGUCUCUUUCCGACAGGGUUAACCCAGACAUCGAUCCUCGCGGUAUCGGCGUCUUCCUCAACUACUUGGAUUCUCGCACGAAGGUCAAUAAGGCGUCAGCGCUUCAAAUGCGAGACUCUAACGCUGAUAUGAUGACCCAAUUGGGUGUUUGUCUGGCGGCGCAGGCUCUUGACAUGGACAAGUACGUUGACUAUUUCAUUCAUCGCGUCGAUGCCAUCUUCCACAGCCUUCCCUCCUACGAGGACCUGAACACCCUGGUCGUCCAAAAGGAUCUCUACCCUCGCAUGUACGCGAUCGUAGUGCGCAGCUUUGCUCGCAAGACUCGUGAGGGUAAGAUCCCAGAUCAGACCGACUUUGACCAGUACCUCAAGUCCCGCUCUGACUUCGCGCAGGACAUCGAAGAGGCCCUAACCAAGAACAACAGCUGGGUCGAGUCUCAAGCCAAGUAUGAGCAGCAUGUCAAGAUCGAGAAUGAAGCCAAGGCCAAGGCUAUUGAGCUCGAUAAGCUCGAGAAGGAGCGUGCGGUUCGCAAGAAGCAGUCCUGGAACGCGAAGAAGACCAACGACACCAAGAUGCGCAAGUCGACAGAAGCGAAGUCGCGUGCGUCUGGUAAUGCGCGCAAGUUCACGCCCGAAGAGCGCGCUUGGUACGUCAAGGUCCAGGGCAAGCAGCCUCCCAAAGGCCGCUAGCAUUCGCAAUAAUCUCGAAGUGAUUCACAAGAUUUUAAGGAGGGACACCUUCUAGCGUUGAGGUAUUUCCAUCACGGGUUUUGGGACUGGUUGCAGGACCAUAAUGAAAAUUAAUUGCAAAAGCUUCUUGAUUUCCUAUGUCGAUGUGAGGUGCUUUGCAUGUC